CGACUGAUGAAAGAGUGGGUCUCACCCAUAUACGCAUUCUUCGAGCCCAAACCCUGUAUCAUUGAGCAUGAUGGACGUCGAGCACAUCACUUUAAGUGCUGCACUCGAGGCUGCAAGACUAUGAUUCGAUGCACGGUCCACGGGAAACAUGUGAAAGCCUGCUGGGGUGAUGAUGUAUUGCAAACUGCGGACCAAGCAAAAGAUGCCGAGGAGGUGCGGACAAGGUUGUUGGUGGAAUCCUAUGAAACCUCAAUUACAGCCUCGUUCGAGCGAAAGGGUAAGGGGAAAGUGAUGUACUCGCAUCGCCAACAUACCAGAACUGAGACCAAGGCAGAAAUCAUUCGUUGGGUUGCCGAAAGCCUACGCCCAUUCAAAAUCGUCAAAGACAGGGGAUUUCAGUCUCUUAUGAAGACAGGACAACCUGAAUAUUACUUACCUUCUCCUGCGACCAUGUCAUGUGAUGUUCAGCUGGUCUUCACUAGAACCAGGCAGCGCAUUGCUAAAAUGACAAAGGCACAUUCAUCAAUUAAUUAA